AUGGCAGCCUGUCGCGUGCGUCCCACCUGCGUAGCGAUCGCCGUUUUGCUGUUGCACCUAACAGCUUACGCGAACGCUGCUGAUCCAUACUUGGACAUCUUACCAAACGGUGAGACGCAGACAAAGCCGAUUGGCUCCAGCAUCAUCCUUACGUGUAAACCGAAGGUAGACGAUCCGUCACUUAUCUCUGAUAUGCAAUGGCUCGAUCCACGGAAUCUCGUGAUUGAACCUCUCAAGUACGUCGUCUUACCGCUCAGCCCGAGAGGUAUUACGAAGCCACCCAUGUACACCGAAUUGCACCAAGAUGGUAGACUGUCCCUGUACUUUAAUUCCCUUCAGGAGCAACAGGCCGGAACUUACACGUGCAAAGGAAUUUAUGCACGUAAUGUGCAGUUAAGCAAAUCUGUGACAAUCGAUACUAUUAUUGCGAUCACGUGGGAGAAUGCACCGCCAAAUCAGUAUCCUAUUCUUGGGGAAGACUUUGAUGUUCAUUGUCAAGUACGCGCUAGGCCGUCACCUUCGGUUGAUUGGCUUUUCAAUGGAAAGCUGAUCAAAACGGACGAUCACUAUAUCAUAAAUACUUACUCCUUGAAGAUCAAGAAUGUUCAAGAGCGCGACGAUGGCAUAUACACAUGUCGGGCAUCGGUACAGACCACGGGAGAAUUGCAAGAGCGACCUAUCCGCGUUGAGGUACACAUACGACCUACGAUCACUGAGUUUACGAAACCAACAGAUGUCAUCGAAGGUGAAAACGCAAACAUUCAGUGUCAUGGCGACGGCAAGCCAUCACCAGUAAUCACAUGGGUUAAAUCUCUAACCCAACAAAACCUGUCUAUGACCGAUCGCUUCGGUGUUGAUCCGGUCUCGGGUAUACUCACCAUCACAAAUGUGAACCGCGAAGACGCGGGUGAGUAUCAAUGCAUGGCGACAAACGCCGCAGGUACCGUUACUGCCACCACUCAAAUAAACGUGAUCAUCAAGCCGAAAAUCAUGGAGUUUAUAAACAAGACCGUGGUGGAGGGUAAAAGCGUGGACAUUCAAUGUAAAGCCUUCGGUCGGCCACCACCCAAAGUGAGCUUCAGGAAACUCACUCUCGACAAACCAUACGCGGAUGGCGCUCAGUCGGACGAUGACCGGAUUAUCGUGAGGAACAAACCAGACGACACGUCUAGUGAUGUGACUGUUGGCAUUUUAUCAAUCACUAACGUACUCACUGACAACGAUGGCCUGUACGAAUGCGUGGCGGAAAAUAUCGGCGCAGUCGCCUACAAAAAUGGUCAUUUGACUGUGGAAUUCCCGCCCUCCUUCCGCAACAUGCCGAACAUCACAUACUGGUCCUUUGAAUCGCGACCGGUUAAUCUUACCUGUAUCGCCGAGAGCAUACCAAACGCGACGAUACGUUGGACCUUGCACGAACAAAAGAUUGAUACUGACCCUUAUCUCCAGCAAAUUGGUAACGGGCCGAUUUCCAUUCUUCAAAUAAGACCGAUCGACCGGAGGUAUUACACGCAUUAUAAAUGCAUCGCUAUGAAUCCUCACGGCACGCGAGAACAUUUGAUCGAAUUGAGGGAAGCGACGAGACCCAGCGAGCUCUUAAGUGUCAAAAUGAUCGAAAUCACUGCUACGACGAUAAGAUUUGAUCUGAUACCACCCCCGCAUCCAGAUUUGCCUGUCGUCACUAUUACCGUGCAGUACAAAGAGGAGUUACAUACCUGGCAAAAUGCGAAGAACAAAACGUGGUCUGUCGGUUCCGUGUACGUCAUCGAGGGUUUGAAACCGCAGACAGCCUACGACUUCCGAUUUGCGGGGAGGAAUGAGGUUGGUCUGGGUAACUUUGGUAAUUUCCACCGAGAGAUCACACCCGGCAGAACGGUGCCGAAAGAUCCGAGAAUUCUGUCCACUCCAGGCUUCGAAUACGAGAAUUCUCAGUACAGUCACCAAUAUGAGCUCAGCUGGGUGACGCCGCCCGACAAUGGCGAACCCAUAGAUAAGUACCUGAUCAAGUACUGUGAGAUAAGACGUGUCGUUGGUGACUGGGAAAUAUUGGACGAUACCUGCCAAUCGAUAGAGAUCAAAUCCCCGGGCAGGACGAGGCAAUACCUCAAGGACUUGAAAUACGAUACUUACUACAUAGUCGAGCUGCAGGCUCACAACGUGAUGGGCUUCGGCAAACCUGGAUACGUCAAGUUCAGGACGGCUAGAGGUGUAGAUACCAGCGUGCUGCAGCAUCAAGGCCCGUUAAUAUCGAGUGGAGCCAUAAUCGGCAUUGUCCUCGCGACGAUAUUCGUCAUCUUUAUCGUCAUCGAUGCCAUCUGCUGUUGCGUGCGCAAGACAGGAAUUAUUAACUUCAUGCGCGAACGAUCUCGGCGAAAACCAGUUGACGAGGACGAAACGAAGCUUGGCAGUCUUUACGGUUGGCGGUUUCCAUUGCCGUAUUGCGACCAAAAAAUGGCCAAUGUCGCCGGGGUCACGGCCAUCCAAGACUCAAGUAGUGGAAAAAAUACCAUUAGAUUGGUCAAACACACUGCCAUAGACGAGAAAGAGCCGCUGAAGGAGGAGAAGAAGAUCACGCCGAUCAUCGAUUCCGGAUUGCGCCGGGAGACCUCCAUCACCUUCGACGGCAAGAGGUCCGUCUCCAAGACCGGCUUCGUCGGCAAGGAUUCAGCCGUCUAGAUAUUCUUCCGGCGUACUAGAUUGUAAAUCGGUUCCAGAAACACGCAGUGCGGUUUCCGGCUAAAAAGUGUUCUCGAAAAGAAAUAACAAAGAAAUGGUAAAACAAGAAACGAAAAGAAGGACGAGCAGAGGAAAUCAUCGUACGCACGUUCGCGAGUCCGCUUACGGGAAGAUGAGAGAGGAAUCUAGCGAAUCCGCCUCUCUGGAAUUUUUUUCCGGAUGAAGUCUCACGCAAUUCCUCUCUCGCCAUUCAGCGCCGAGAGUCUCUGCCGAGCCUCUGCUUUUCGUUUUGCUCUGAAAAAAACGUGCGCGGUUUCACAGUCGCACGCCGACCCGCCUUUCUACCCUUUCGAAACCUCUUACCUCGUGUAUCGCGAUACACUUGCCGCCUACACUUCCUCGUAGAAUCCCCUGAAAGCGCUUCUUCCCGCCAUUGGCGAACGUAUCCUUUGCCUAUUGCUUUGCCGCAAAGUUUUCACUGCACGUCUGAUUUCGCGUGUAACGUAAGCUAACCCCUUAAAAAAAAAGGAGCAAACUUUAAAAACAUGACAUAUAUAUUCUCCACGGUACCUUUUCAAGUGAAAACGAUUUGAUCGGAAUAUUUUACUAGUUCUUUGACUAUCGCGAGAUCGCUUGAAAAUAACAUCAAAAAGAUUGAUCCAAGGCAGUUUUUAUCGAUAUGUCACGUUUGAAAGGUUUGUCCCUUGAACAUAAAAGCAGUCUUGAAUUCUUUUACUCCGUUAGUGUACUCGCCGAAGCAUGCGAAGGAGCACAGAUAAUCGAUAGCUUACGGAAACGAGAAGUACGAAAUAAGCGAAGCUUAUUCGGUAAUUGCUCUUAGGAGAAAGUUACGAAUAUACAGUAUAAUUAUAA